GAAUGCGGUCGACGAUUCAUGGUAGAAAACGUAUUACUCGGAUUACAAAUAAAGAAAGACAAUCAGCAAGUGUUCGAGAAAAUAUUACAUAGUUACAGUACUGCUGGAGCUUUCUUCCAAAACGUCUUAAAUAUCAGUUUACCGGAAAGAAAUGCUGUCGAAGUUUAUCAAAGAAAUAAUGAAGCUAGUUCUAUCGAGCUAUCCAAACGGGUCAAAUGUUUGAUAUUUUUAGCGAAUGGCGGAGUGGAAAAAAAACAACAACAAGAAAUAAAUGUCAGAAUUGCUAACGGUUUGAAGAGAGCACCGUAUAUACGCCAUGCUGCUGAUAUCGUAGUUCAACAGAUUUCCGAUGGAUCUCCGUAUGCAGUACUCCAUUGGAGAAACAAAUCUGGAGAGUUUUGCAGAGAACGCACCAUACAUUUCUGCACCGAAGAAAUGCUGGAUAGCUUAAGGAUAUUAGAUAGAUCUAUUGAUGUGAUUGCGGACGCCAUUCUUAAUAUCACGAAAUCAUACAAUAUCACAUCACUGUAUGUAGCAGCACCGCCAUAUCCCCAUAAAAUGAUCGGUUUUCUGAAACAAAGAAUACCUACUAUAAAAACAGAGGACGAUAUAAUUCUACCUGAUAAAAUGAACAAAUACAAAGAGGAUAAUUAUGUGUGGUCGUUAAUUGAGCAGGAGUUCACCGAAAAAGCAGAUUUAUUCCUGUCCAGUACUGGCUCCAAUUGGUCGGAUUUUGUAACGUUCUUUCGCAGUGCGAUGAACAAGCCUUCAUUCCGUGUCAAGACCUUACCUGGUGUCGAACAAGCAACCCCGGAUAUUAAUAUAUAAGGUAUCACACUGCCUGCUACGUCUGCAGAAUUGAACUGAACAAUAAUACGAGUCAAAUUGUAUAUGCAAUAUGUAUUAUACAAUCCCUGUAUAAUCAUGUAACAUAUAAAGUAAAAUGCAUACUUUGAAUACAUUUUCAGUAUUGUA